GAACCCCAACAGUAUGUUACAGACGUGUGCGUGUGUAUGGUAUACCUGCCGUGUCCGAUAGGCGGUGCUUUAGGGUUAUUAUGGUAAUAGGAGCGGGGCUGGAGGGAGAUGAGUAGUGACGUCAGCACCCAGGUCGCCAGUACAGUGAAACAAACAUGGCGACAGAAUGGAGCGGGCAGCAAGGCUACGUUCUGACUCUAAUCGUUUUCCUUUGGAGUGCAGUGGGGGGACGCACCGAGACAGCCACUUCGAGUGUCAGCAACAGCGGGAGCCAGGUGCUCGGUAUGCGGCUGGAGAGGAGCGACAAACCGGCCUCGACCACUGACGAUGGGGUCAUCCAGGUAACGGAGGAGAGCACAGUGCAGCUCCGGUUCUACGGUGUGCAGCUCAACUCGGGCACCUGGGCUCAGAUACGGUUCACAGAACGAGGGGAUGGGAGCGAGGAUGGGGGAAACAAUAACAUCAUUGACGACACACCUAACAGCACUUGUGUUGAUUUCACAAAAGACUUCAGCAUCGCAAACUACAUGAACAUCAGUAGCCGGGGGACCACGGGGGUACUGAGCAUAAACAUUAAGCCGCUUCGUAAGAGCGAGCCGCACAAGGAGUACGGGCUGUGCAUCAGGAGUUUGGCUGAUGGUAGGUGGGCUCUGCUCGGGGAUAGCGACGGGAGACUGCGGGUGGUGGAGGGGGAGAAAACUCUCCUCCCCCUGUGGUUCCAGAUCAUCCUCAUCUGCUGUCUGUUGGUGCUGUCUGGCAUGUUCAGCGGGCUGAACCUGGGGCUCAUGGCUCUGGACCCGAUGGAGCUCCGUAUAGUCCAGAGUUGUGGCUCAGAGAAGGAGAAGAAAUACGCCAGCAAAAUUGAGCCCAUCCGCAGCAAGGGGAACUACCUUCUCUGUUCUCUGUUGCUUGGCAACGUCUUGGUCAAUACUACACUCACCAUCCUCCUGGACGACCUGAUAGGCUCUGGGCUGGGCGCUGUGGUCGCCUCCACAGUGGGUAUUGUGAUUUUCGGUGAGAUCGUCCCCCAGGCGCUGUGUUCUCGCCACGGGCUGGCGGUGGGCGCCAACACCAUCCAGGUGACCAAGUUCUUCAUGUUGCUCACCUUCCCCCUCUCCUUCCCCGUCAGCAAGCUCCUAGACGUGCUCCUAGGCCAGGAGAUCGGCACUGUGUAUAACCGCGAGAAGCUGGUGGAGAUGCUCAGGGUGACGGAACCGUACAACGACCUGGUCAAAGAGGAGCUCAACAUGAUCCAAGGAGCUCUGGAACUCCGGAAUAAGACGGUGGAGAGCGUGAUGACUCCUCUGGCCCACUGCUUCAUGAUCCAGAAUGACGCGGUCCUCGACUUCAACACCAUGUCAGAGAUCAUGGAGAGCGGCUACACGCGCAUCCCCGUGUUCGACGACGAGCGCUCCAACAUCGUGGACAUCCUGUAUGUGAAGGACCUGGCGUUCGUGGACCCUGACGACUGCACCACCCUGAAGACCAUCACCAAGUUCUACAACCACCCGGUCCACUUUGUGUUCCACGACACACGGCUGGACUCCAUGCUGGAGGAGUUCAAGAAAGGUAAAUCUCACCUGGCCAUCGUUCAGAAAGUCAACAGCGAGGGGGAGGGGGAUCCCUUCUACGAGGUGCUGGGAUUGGUCACCUUGGAGGAUGUCAUCGAGGAGAUCAUCAAAUCAGAGAUACUGGACGAGUCCGACCUUUAUACUGACAAUAGGAACAGAAAGAAGGUGGACCCUAACAAGAGAAUGCGUGACUUCUCUGCUUUUAAGCACACAGAGAACGAGUGCAGGGUGAAGAUCUCUCCUCAACUGAUGCUGGCUGCUCAUCGCUUCCUGGCUACAGAGGUGAGUCUGUUCAGUCCCAGUCAGGUCACUGAGAAGGUCUUACUGAGGAUUCUGAGGCACCCUGACGUCAUCCAGGAGAUCAAGUUCAACGACAGCGACAAGCGCUCUGCUCUGCACUACAUCUACGAGAGAGGCAAACCUGUCGACUACUUCAUACUCAUUCUGCAGGGCCGAGUGGAGGUGGAGGCUGGAAACGAGAACAUGAAGUUUGAGACAGGACCCUUCUCCUACUAUGGAGUCAUGGCACUUAGCACAGCGUCACUGGCCGUCACUCCCCCUCUCUCCCCCUCAAUGGCGUCCCCCCCUCCACGACGCCUCUCUCUUAAGAGAUUCUCUCUGUUCUCUCGCUUCCCAGGUAAAGAACCAACUACCCUAAGGGGAGGGGUAACAUGGGGGAGGGGAGAGGGGUCACUUUAUAUGCCAAAAUCACAUUUAAGUUUCCCUCCCAUCAUCCUCUUCUUCAGAGCCCUGCUCCAGCAAGUACAACCUGAUAGACAAACAGCGUGGAGAUCCACUAGAAUAUCCAUACCUUACAUACAGUGGAAGUACAACCUGAUAGACAAACAGCGUGGAGAUCCACUAGAAUAUCCAUACCUUACAUACAGUGGAAGUACAACCUGAUAGACAAACAGCGUGGAGAUCCACUAGAAUAUCCAUACCUUACAUACAGUGGAAGUACAACCUGAUAGACAAACAGCGUGGAGAUCCACUAGAAUAUCCAUACCUUACAUACAGUGGAAGUACAACCUGAUAGACAAACAGCGUGGAGAUCCACUAGAAUAUCCAUACCUUACAUACAGUGGAAGUACAACCUGAUAGACAAACAGCGUGGAGAUCCACUAGAAUAUCCAUACCUUACAUACAGUGGAAGUACAACCUGAUAGACAAACAGCGUGGAGAUCCACUAGAAUAUCCAUACCUUACAUACAGUGGAAGUACAACCUGAUAGACAAACAGCGUGGAGAUCCACUAGAAUAUCCAUACCUUACAUACAGUGGAAGUACAACCUGAUAGACAAACAGCGUGGAGAUCCACUAGAAUAUCCAUACCUUACAUACAGUGGAAGUACAACCUGAUAGACAAACAGCGUGGAGAUCCACUAGAAUAUCCAUACCUUACAUACAGUGGAAGUACAACCUGAUAGACAAACAGCGUGGAGAUCCACUAGAAUAUCCAUACCUUACAUACAGUGGAAGUACAACCUGAUAGACAAACAGCGUGGAGAUCCACUAGAAUAUCCAUACCUUACAUACAGUGGAAGUACAACCUGAUAGACAAACAGCGUGGAGAUCCACUAGAAUAUCCAUACCUUACAUACAGUGGAAGUACAACCUGAUAGACAAACAGCGUGGAGAUCCACUAGAAUAUCCAUACCUUACAUACAGUGGAAGUACAACCUGAUAGACAAACAGCGUGGAGAUCCACUAGAAUAUCCAUACCUUACAUACAGUGGAAGUACAACCUGAUAGACAAACAGCGUGGAGAUCCACUAGAAUAUCCAUACCUUACAUACAGUGGAAGUACAACCUGAUAGACAAACAGCGUGGAGAUCCACUAGAAUAUCCAUACCUUACAUACAGUGGAAGUACAACCUGAUAGACAAACAGCGUGGAGAUCCACUAGAAUAUCCAUACCUUACAUACAGUGGAAGUACAACCUGAUAGACAAACAGCGUGGAGAUCCACUAGAAUAUCCAUACCUUACAUACAGUGGAAGUACAACCUGAUAGACAAACAGCGUGGAGAUCCACUAGAAUAUCCAUACCUUACAUACAGUGGAAGUACAACCUGAUAGACAAACAGCGUGGAGAUCCACUAGAAUAUCCAUACCUUACAUACAGUGGAAGUACAACCUGAUAGACAAACAGCGUGGAGAUCCACUAGAAUAUCCAUACCUUACAUACAGUGGAAGUACAACCUGAUAGACAAACAGCGUGGAGAUCCACUAGAAUAUCCAUACCUUACAUACAGUGGAAGUACAACCUGAUAGACAAACAGCGUGGAGAUCCACUAGAAUAUCCAUACCUUACAUACAGUGGAAGUACAACCUGAUAGACAAACAGCGUGGAGAUCCACUAGAAUAUCCAUACCUUACAUACAGUGGAAGUACAACCUGAUAGACAAACAGCGUGGAGAUCCACUAGAAUAUCCAUACCUUACAUACAGUGGAAGUACAACCUGAUAGACAAACAGCGUGGAGAUCCACUAGAAUAUCCAUACCUUACAUACAGUGGAAGUACAACCUGAUAGACAAACAGCGUGGAGAUCCACUAGAAUAUCCAUACCUUACAUACAGUGGAAGUACAACCUGAUAGACAAACAGC